GAACUUUGAUCUCUUCUCACAUUCUCUGAGGGUUUGUCUUGCUGAAGCAGAAAUUUCAAGAAACCCUUGCUUCUUCAUCUCUGAUCCAUUUACACAGCGAAGAUCUUGUUCUUUCUCUCGAUUUCAGUUUGUGAGAUUUUCAUACAGAACUUGCGAAGAUGACCCAAGACGCCGAAAUGAAAGAGCUUCCUGCUCCAUUGCCGUCUUCGUCUUCGUCCUCUUCAACUUCCCCCUCAACUCUUCAGCUUUUGAAAGAGAUUGUAUCGCUCAUUGAGAUUGGUGCCUAUGCCCGGGAGGUUCGGCGCAUUGUUCGUGCCAUUCGUCUGACCAUGGCCUUGAGGCGGAAGUUGAAGGCUUCUGUCCUUUCUCAAUUUCUGAAUCUUGUUCUCCCCCCAGGGUCAGAGGUGAACACUAGGUUAUCGUCAUUUCUCCCAAAGGAGGACGACUUUGAAAUGGACGUUGACACGGCAACACAAGCUCCUGUCAAACACCCCCUGCCCGAGAUAGAGAUAUUCUGCUACUUGAUUGUGCUAAUAUUUUUUAUUGAUCAGAAGAAAUAUGACGAUGCUAAGGCUUGCGCCUCAGCAAGCAUCGCGCGGCUCAAGAGCCUAAAUAGGAGAACAGUCGAUGUUUUAGCAUCCAGGCUCUACUUCUAUUACUCCCUCAGCUACGAACUCACUGGCGAACUUGCUGAAAUAAGGGGUAACCUCCUAGCACUGCAUCGCAUUGCAACCUUGCGCCAUGAUGAAUUGGGUCAGGAAACCAUCCUUAACCUUCUACUUCGUAACUACCUCCACUACAACCUCUAUGAUCAAGCAGAGAAGUUGAGGUCCAAGGCACCCCGAUUUGAAGCUCACUCAAAUCAGCAGUUCUGUAGGUACCUAUUUUACCUUGGCAAGAUCAGGACCAUUCAGCUGGAGUAUACAGAUGCAAAGGAGUCUCUUCUACAAGCUGCUCGGAAAGCACCCAUUGCAGCUCUUGGAUUUCGAGUGCAAUGCAACAAAUGGGCAAUCAUUGUUCGGUUGCUGCUAGGAGAAAUCCCUGAGAGGACCGUUUUCAUGCAGAAAGGCAUGGAGACAGCUCUGAGGCCAUACUUCGAACUUACAAAUGCUGUGAGAAUUGGUGACUUGGAGCUUUUCAGAACUGUUGCUGAGAAGUUCUCCAGUACUUUCAGCUCAGAUCGAACCAACAACUUGAUUGUGAGGCUGCGACAUAAUGUCAUUAGGACUGGCCUUCGCAACAUUAGCAUUUCUUAUUCGCGUAUUUCUCUGGCUGAUGUUGCUAAAAAGCUUAGGUUGGACUCCCCAAAUCCUGUUGCUGAUGCUGAGAGUAUUGUCUCGAAGGCAAUCCGAGAUGGAGCAAUCGAUGCAACUGUCGACCAUGCGAAUGGAUGGAUGGUAUCGAAGGAGACUGGUGAUAUCUACUCGACCAAUGAACCUCAGAUGGCUUUCAACUCGAGAAUUGCAUUUUGCCUGAAUAUGCAUAAUGAAGCAGUUCGUGCCCUUCGGUUUCCGCCAAAUUCACACAAAGAAAAAGAAAGCGCUGAGAAAAGGAGAGAGAGACAACAGCAGGAGCAAGAACUUGCAAAGCACAUAGCUGAAGAAGAUGACGACGACUUUUAGCUUAUUAUAUAAUCUGGAAGAGACGGUAUGAAUAUUUGGUGCUUUAAUGAAUCAGAAUUGCUGGGCAGAAAAUUUUGAUGCAGUGGUUCAGAUGAGUUCCGCCCAUUUUCUUUAUGUUUGUAAUGCAACUCUUUCAUUCAUGGAAUGAUGCCCAUCUUGUACUUACCCUUCUGAAUUGUAACUCAGCUUUGGGAUUGCAUCAUGUUCAAGUACAAUAUUUGCUGGUACGAAGAUUGUUCUUGUAGUUGAUGUAACGUUGGUCGGUUUUACUUCUACUCCCAUCUCGAUGGCCUGCUGUUAACUUUAGCGUUGCAUUUGGUAAA